AUGGAGGGCAAAGACAACAGCCGAACAGAGGAAAUUGCCAACACCUCUACUCACAGCAACGCGCGCUUGCCUGAUCGACCUGAGCCGCUCACAGAGUCGUCUGUCUUGGAUCGUAUGAGACAGCAUAGCGAAGGUACGGGUCGUGGCAAGCCGCGAGGCAAGCAAAGCUUCCACAACAACGUCCGCGGUACUUUGGGCCGAGGGCGUGGUGGACACGAGCGUGUCAAUAACAGCUUUUCGUAUUCGCUUGCGCAUCAUAAGCCGCACGACGAUCGAAACACUGCCCAAGAUUCCACGCAAGACCAGCGACAGUCUCUUGCAUCGCAGCAACAAAACAUGAGUCUUGGAAGCGGAUCACAUCUCCCGAUUCAGCAGGCUUCGAGUAGAAAUCCUUAUCGCCGACGAGGAAGAGCUCGUGUGGUCUGGUCUCGACCUAGAAGCUACCAGCCUUGUCGCAAGUCAGGCCAUUCCCAGCACGUCAGCCAAGGCAGCUCCGCUUUCCACAGCGUUGCUGACCAUCAAGAGACCUACGUUGACCAAGGUGCGGGCAUGCCAAACGUCAAGUUGGCUGAAGGGCAUGCGGAGAAUUUGGCCGCAAAGCCUUCUGCCCUGAACGCUACUGUGAGCCCUCCGGCCAUGUUUUUGGCUGAUAGCGAGGGCCUCGACGUCGGGCCGCACACUCCAUUUCUCAUUGAAGCAAUUUCACCGCUAUCUAUCGCCCUCGCUGAUAAGUCGUUGCCGCUAGUUUCUGACACGUUUCUUCAGCUUGCGCAGCCCGCAUCCGAGCACCAAGCAGAGCCAAUUCUCGGUGCUUCGGUCUCAACAGAGCCAAUACCACCCAUUCACUUCCAAAACCUUUCGUUGCACGAUUCAAGCAACGCUGUCCAGCUGAGUAAUGCCCACGACUUGAACUACACCUGGAGUCUUCCAAAUCCAGUAUCGUCAGGCAACGGAGGUGCCUACACCGUAACUUUCCCGAGCCCCUUAACCAUGACCAUCGCGCCUCCUCCUUGGCUCCAUUCUCCUCACUCACUAUCACAUCUUCAUGUCACAUACGACCAUGCUGGCCUGGCUCUGUGUCAUCCCGUUGCUCUGAUACCGUGCACCUGGUUUCCCAUCCAAUACCUAAGCUACUGGGGCCCUGAACGGCUUGGUGCGCAUCCUGACUUUUAUGACAUUCCUAUGUUUGCCUCCGAUAUAUGA